CUAACGCAGAGCGCGAGAGAGAGGGAGAGACGCACACACUCGAGCAGGACACCGGACAGGGUGAGCUCCGGUGAUCACCCCUCUCUCGCCAGCCUAUAGUCUGACUGACGACAGCCAGUCGCACCGAACUGCGAGUGGAGCGAGAACUGAGCGUGGGAGUGGAGCGCUCUCCUCCUGCGUUUCCCUGAUCCUCUCCUCUCAUUACCGGACGCGUCUUUAGCGCACAGGGAGUUCCGUCACCGAGGGAGUAUCAACCAUCCCGCUGCUUGAUUCUUCAUUUUUUUGGGUGGAUGGUACCGAGGAUCCCUGCGUGACAAUAGCCGCCGGAAAAGCCGAGUUGGAACAUUAGAUCCUGCUCUUUUUCUUCCCGUGCUGUCUCGUCAAAAGGAUGGACUUGAGAUAGUACGUCUCUUCAUUGUGCGCGCGUGUGUUCGAGCUGGUGACUGGGAGUUGCCGUCGGGGAGAAAUGCGAAAGGAUGCUCGGCAGCUGUAGCGGCUACAGCAGGUAACCGACAAGAUGGCGGCUGGGGAAGCGACUGGGCACAGCUACCUGGUGGCUUGCUGGCAGCCCAUUUUGAUCCUGAUGUUGGGCUAUGUCCUGUCCAGCUCCACCACAGGAUGUCCGUCCCGCUGUGAGUGUAAUGUUCAAGAGCGUUCGGUGAUGUGCCACCGCAAGAAGCUUAUGACUGUCCCCGAGGGCAUCCCUGCAGAAACACGGUUGCUGGACCUCAGCAAGAACCGCAUCAGAACCAUCAAUCCGGACGAGUUUACCAUCUUCUCCAAUCUUGAGCAUCUGGAGCUGAGUGAAAACACGAUCUCGUCUAUUGAGCCUGGGGCAUUCAACAACCUUUACGGAUUGCGGACACUUGGGUUGCGCAGCAACAAACUGAAGCUAAUCCAGCUCGGCGUUUUGACAGGUCUGAGCAAUCUUACUCACCUGGACAUAAGUGAAAACAAAAUUGUCAUCCUGUUGGACUACAUGUUCCAGGAUCUGUACAACCUCCGGUCAUUAGAGGUGGGAGACAACGACCUGGUUUUUAUCUCUCACCGUGCUUUUCAUGGCCUCAGUAGCCUUGAGAACCUCAGUCUGGAGAAGUGCAACUUGUCAUCUGUGCCCACUGAGGCUUUCACCCACCUGCACAGUUUGAUCACGCUUAGGCUCCGCCACCUCAAUAUUAACAUCAUACGGGAUUAUUCUUUCAAGCGUCUGUACCGGCUUAAAGUGUUGGAAAUUGCUAAUUGGCCGUAUUUGGACAUGAUGACUCCAAAUUGCUUGUACGGAUUAAAUCUCACGUCCCUGACCAUUGCUAAUGCAAACUUGACCACGAUUCCUUAUAUAGCCCUGAGGCAUUUGGUCUAUUUGCGAUUCCUUAACCUUUCUUACAACCCUAUUCAUACCAUUGAGGGAAAUAAGCUCCACGACCUUCUGCGCCUGCAGGAAUUUCACCUGGUCGGAGGAAGACUGGCAAUGAUCGAGCCUUACUCCUUCAGGGGUCUUAACUACCUGAAAAUUCUAAAUGUCUCUGGGAAUUCACUUUCCACUCUGGAGGAGUCGGUGUUUCACUCAGUCGGUAACUUGGAAACGCUUGCCUUGCACGAUAACCCUUUGGCCUGUGACUGCCGCUUAUUGUGGGUUUUCCGGCGACGCUGGAGACUCAACUUUAACCGGCAGCAACCCACGUGCGCUUCUCCAGAGUUUGUUCAAGGGAAAGAAUUCAAGGACUUCCCUGAUGUCCUGCAGCCCAACUACUUCACUUGCCGCAAGUCCAGGAUUAGAGAUCGUAAACCCCAGCAGAAAUUUGUUGACGAGGGAGCCAUUGUUCAUUUCACUUGCCAAGCAGAUGGUGAUCCAGCGCCUGUGAUCAUGUGGACCUCCCCUCAGAGAAGGUUCAUCACCACAAAAACAAUUGGAAGGCUCUCUGUCUUGCCAGAUGGAACCCUGGAGGUGCGCUACGCACAGAUUCAGGACAAUGGUACGUACGUGUGUAUAGCUAGCAAUGCUGGAGGAAACGACACGUCUCUUGCCCAUCUGCACAUUCAUAGUUACUCGCCCGAUUGGCCACACCAGUCCAACAAGACUUUUGCCUUCAUCUCCAACCAGCCCCCAGAAACCGGGGGGAACGGGACACGGGCCAAUGUCCCUUUCCCAUUUGACAUAAAGACACUGAUCAUUGCGACCACGAUGGGUUUCAUAUCAUUUCUUGGUGUUGUCUUGUUUUGCUUGGUACUGCUAUUUCUCUGGAGCAGAGGAAAAGGAAACACAAAGCACAACAUUGAGAUUGAGUAUGUCCCACGGAAAUCGGACGCUGGCAUGAGCAGCAGCACCGUGGAUGCGCCACGCAAGUUUAACAUGAAGAUGAUUUAAUGGGCAUCAACAAAAAUAAGGAACAAACAAAAAAUGUUUUUCUUUCGUCUUUUACAAACUUCUGGAUCCUGGUCUCUUCAGAAAGAGUAAUGUUUGUUUUCCCCAAACUACUGCAGCUGUGAGCGCAAUUCCUGACUUUCAAAUUAAUGGAGGAAUGGAAGUGUCAUCGAUUUUGUUAAAUACAUUCCUCUUUCUGCUUAUUUAUUAUGGAAACACAAUGACAAAGAUUAAUCUUCAAUUAACCCAGAACACAGGAAUAAGGUAUGGAUCACUGAAUUUCUUAUUUAUUAAUUUGUUUUUGUUUUCUGUUUUAUUUUAUUUUAUUUUUUUUCUUUGAGUCUUGUAAGUUAGAGCACAUUUCAACAGCACUUUUACAAUUGACGUUCCCAAUACUAGCUGUGAAUGUUAUGUGGUACAGAGAUGUCUGUUGGUCACACAGUUAUUUCUCUGUGGUUAUUGUCCAAAUACUCAAUGAAAUAAUUUCGAUAUUGUUCAAAAACACUAUGAGACAGGAGUCCAUGUUGAAUCACCGUGUAAGGAAGAAAUUUGUCAGGACCAAAGGAUUUAGUGUAAUAAGAGAUUCUGUUGGUUUUUUUAGUGGAAUCCAUAAAUAAACUUUCUUUCAAUUAAAGGUCACAACUUACGGCACACAUGCCGUCAGAUGUGUACACAGUCAUCCAUGAGAGAUUCAGUAUAGGAGGGCAGUCUGAAAGUUAAGACAACCCAUAGUUGCUUUGCUAUUGGCACUGGUCUACAGCUGUCUUUAGGCACGUCUCCAGGCUGCUGUUUGAUGUUCUCGAGAAAAUGCCAUGUCCACCGAUUACAUCUGAUAUUGACUACUACACUGUAAAGUAAAUCUUCUGAAAGAAUUGGAUCAUUAAAGUAAAUUCAAAUGAAAUAUCUUACAAUUGAUUAUUGAUAAAAUGUAGUUGGGGAGUAAAUGUUCUUGGAAUAAUUUAUGUAGAUUAUUAUUUUAUUCCAUUUUUUUUCCACAAGCUGAUGGCAUCACAGUGUUCCAAUGACUCAAUUGAUAAGUUUUCAAAUUUGCAAUGUUAUAUAUAAGCAUUUUCUUGUGAUCCACAUCCAGAAUGAGUCAUUGUGGUGCUCACUCUUCAUUGGAUAAUGUGCUCCCUGUAUUUGUUCUCUCUGUCACAUUCUAGAUUGAUUUUCUGUGUUUUGUGGUGCGUCUCCAUGCUAUAUCUAUGUUACCUUUCAAGUUGGGUGAAAAAGAAGAAUCAACAUAUGUAUGCUCCCAGUUGGUCAUACAGACCUAAACACAAGGUUAUAAGCCUUACCAUUUGAAGUGCACACUGUGGACAGCUGGACUUCACAGACCUGCGUGUGAGUUAUGAAUGAUGGAUGACAUUACCGGAGACGGCACAGUAAUGGGCUGAAAGUAAGGACUGAAAUGCAGAUGGCUGGAGUGACACAGAUGGUUUCACCCAUGGAGCAAUCUGACAUGGCUUUGGUCUAAUCCUUUUAGCGUAAAAGGGGGGGAAAAGAGAAUAUCAGUGGCUAUGGCUCGUGGAUCGCCACGUUGCUGAUUGUGAACGCUCUCUUUGUUCAAAAUGUGGCUACUGUAUCUAGCCGUUUGUGGUCCAGAGUGAACCGGGGAUUUAUUUUUUAUUUUACUUUCUUCCCCGUUUUAUUAUUAUCAUUUGUUUUGGGAGCCUGGACUAUACUGGUCAUGUAGUCCAACAACUUUUUACAAAAGGAAAAAAAAUGAUAUCAACAAAAAAAAAAAGUCUAUGGAAAAAAAUACAUUCAAAUUGUUCUGUGCAAUAAAAGUAAUAUGCAGAUUUUCUUUUUUUUUUUAAUUAACAAAAAUUUGUUGGUGUUGAAAUGUUCAGAAUAUGGUAUGUUGUAUUAAACUAUCUAUGGACUUUUUAAACACAAUAGUGUCUUAUUUUAAUGCAUCUACUACUGUUGUAAAACACUGAGAUGGUUUGGGGUGAAGUGCAACUAAAAGGCAGUGCACUGGUUGGCAAGACAGAUCAGCCCUUUCCUCUUUCAUCCUCUGACAGUUCCACUGAAGAAGAAGUCUGCCAGGCCUCCAAUAGUUUUUUUAAACACAGUGGCUAGGUUGUCUAUUUGAUGCUAUUCAGUGUAUA